CUUUGAUUUCAGACCCACUUCCCUCUCCCUCCCCCUCUCCCCGUUCAUCACCAGUCAACACACGGAAACAGAAAAGUGAGAAAACUGAAAAAUGGAAAAGCUGUGCAGUCUAUACUACUACUCCAGUCCACCAUGCAUAAAAGUUGGAGAAGAUACUGAGACGCCAUAGCUUAGCACACAGGGAACGGAUUAAGCUCUCUCAUGGUGUUCAAAGGCCGACUUUUUUCUUCUAAGAAACCCGAUGUUUCCAGCCCAGAUGCAUCGGCUAAUAGCCCGCGAUCCGUCAGGCCGAAUUCCCCGAUCCGAUCUGAUAAGAGCUUGGGGAUGUCAAAUUCCAUUUCCAAGAACAACUCUCCUGCUACUCCCUCUUCGAUUUCAAGUUUAGCUGCGAGCUUCAGAGAUAAGAAGAAAGAUGGUAAAUGGAAAGAGAGCACAAUAGGUAGUUUGAAUUCUUCGGGGAUGUCUGGACCAGGAGGAGGAGAAACAUUGGGCUCUUUGAAGCAGAAAAAUUUGGGUAUGGCCGAGGUCAAGGAUGUUGGCCCUCAGACUGCUGUAUCUGUGUCGCCUAUUCUAGCAUCUUCUUUGGGUUUGAACAAGAUUAAGACUCGAUCUGGGCCGUUGCUGCAGGAGAGCUUCUUUGGGUAUGCGAGUAGAGAUAAGGGUAGUGCUGUGGGUGUUAGUAGCUUGCCCAAGCCUGCUGGGAAUACUGUUAGAGUGGAUGGGUCAUCAUCUUUGGAAAAGAAGAAUUCUAGAGAGGAGGAGGAGAAGGGGACAUCUGAGAAAUCAUGUUGGGCGGAUAUUGGGAGCAAUUCGGAAUGUAUGCCAAUGGAGAGUGCGCAGUCCAGGAACCAAAGCUCUCACAGUCUAGGGCUGUCGAGGCUGCAGAAUGGCGUGUCUUCUUCUGAAGCAGGCACGUUCUAUUCAUCUAGGGGCCAUUCAGGAGGUUUAGAGAAUAUGGAUGCUUGUACUCCUGAUUUGAAGACAUCUUAUGAAUGUGAUAACUCAAAGGAGUCUGAAUCUCCACGCUUUCAAGCUAUACUUCGUCUGACUAGUGCACCGAGGAAAAGGUUUCCAACAGAUAUCAAAAGUUUUUCCCACGAAUUGAAUUCUAAAGGCGUACGCCCUUUCCCGUUUUGGAAGCCUCGAGGUUUAAAUAACUUGGAGGAGGUCUUAACGAUGAUAAGGACAAAGUUUGCCAAAGCCAAGGAGGAAGUUGAUUCUGAUCUUCAUAUAUUUGCGGCUGAUCUCAUUGGGAUUUUAGAAAAGAAUGCUGAAGCGCAUCCUGAAUGGCAAGAAACUAUAGAGGACUUGCUGAUUAUAGCUCGAAGAUGUGCAAUGACUUCAUCUGGGGAAUUUUGGCUUCAAUGUGAAGGAAUUGUUCAGGAGUUAGAUGAUAGGCGUCAGGAGCUUCCGGCGGGUACGUUGAAGCGGCUGCAUACUCGAAUGCUUUUUAUACUCACAAGGUGUACACGGUUGCUACAGUUCCACAAGGAAAGUUUUGCUGAGGAUGAAACUAUAUCACAGCUUUGUCAAUCAUUUCAUCCUACGAAUAAUCACAUUUCUGGAGGCUUGAGAACGGAUCAGACAUUAUCCACUGCCAUGAAUGUUCUGAAGAAGCCUGCUACAAGAAAAUCUUAUAGUCAGGAGCAGCAUGGUUUGGAUUCGAAGGGAGGUCAGGUGAUUCAGCCAGAGGGUUCUCAUUCAUCAACAGCUGAGACUGUUAAGAAUCUGGAUUCUUCAGGCGGUAGGGAUCGGAUGGCUUCUUGGAAGAAAUUACCAUCUCCAGUAGGGAAAGGACCCAAAGAGUCUACUCCAGUUAAAGAGAAAAAAGAUAUUGAGGCCUCUAAGUUGCGAAUCAACAAGAGAGGGACUUCAGAUUCAGAUCUUCCCACUGCUAAGCAUCAAGAGCCCCCUUCUAGCAGAGAGUCCUCUGGACACUCGUCAGGAUCUUCCAAGCACCAGCACAAAGUUUCAUGGGGCUAUUGGGGUGACCAACCAAAUCUCUCCGAUGAAAGCAUAAUUAUCUGUCGUAUUUGUGAGGAGGAUAUUCCCACUUUGCAUGUGGAAGAGCACUCUAGAAUAUGCACUAUUGCAGAUCGUUGUGAUCAAAAGGGUCUUACUGUCAAUGAGCGUCUGAUUAGCAUUGCUUAUACACUUGAGAAAUUAAUGGAGUCAUUUUCACAAAAGGAUUUUCAACCCACUACUGCAAAUCCAGAUGGUGCAAAAGUGUCUAACUUAAUUGUAACUGAAGAAUCUGAUCAAUUAUCUCCAAAUCCCAGUGGUUGGUCUCGCAGAGGCUCUGAAGAUAUGCUUGACUGUUUACCAGAAGCGGAUUAUCCUGCUAUUGAUGAUGACCUUAAGAACAUACCAUCUAUGUCAUGCAAAACUCGAUUUGGCCCUAUGUCUGAUCAAGGAAUGACAACAUCCUCUGCUGGUAGUAUUACUCCUAGGUCUCCUUUGCUCACACCACGAACCAGCCAAAUAGAUUUGUCAUUGCUUGGGAAAGGUUGUUACCCUGAACAUGAAGAUCUCUCUCAGAUGAAUGAACUUGCUGAUAUUGCUAGAUGUGUAGCAAAUACACCUGUGGAUGGUGGUAGCUCAUUGUCUUACUUAAUCACUUGCCUUGAAGAUUUGAAAGUAGUCAUUGAUCGGAGAAAGUUGGAUGCACUUACCGUGGAGACAUUUGGACACCGCAUAGAAAAGUUGAUUCGGGAGAAGUGUUUACAAAUGUGUGAGCUGGUUAAUGAUGAGAACAUCGAUAUAACAAGUACUGUCAUUGAUGAAGAUGCUCCUUUUGAAGAUGACGUUGUACUUAGCUUGAGAACCAGUCCCGUUCAUUCCAAUAGAGACCGUACAUCUAUAGAUGACUUUGAAAUUAUAAAACCAAUUAGUCGUGGUGCAUUCGGCCGGGUAUUCUUGGCAAAAAAGAGAACAACAGGGGAUCUUUUUGCUAUUAAGGUACUCAAAAAGGCUGAUAUGAUACGCAAGAAUGCAGUUGAAAGUAUUUUAGCAGAACGCGACAUUUUAAUAGCUGUCCGCAAUCCAUUUGUGGUUCGCUUCUUCUAUUCAUUUACUUGCCGUGAAAAUUUGUAUCUUGUGAUGGAAUACCUGAAUGGUGGGGAUCUCUAUUCACUACUGAGAAACCUUGGAUGCUUGGAUGAAGAUGUGGCUCGUGUAUAUAUAGCCGAAGUUGUACUUGCCUUGGAAUAUUUACACUCCUUGCGGGUUGUUCAUCGUGACUUAAAGCCAGACAAUUUGUUGAUUGCACAUGAUGGCCACAUCAAGCUGACAGAUUUUGGGCUUUCAAAAGUGGGUCUCAUUAAUAGCACGGAUGAUCUAUCUGGUCCAGCAGUCAGUGGAACAUCCAUAAUGGAUGAAGAUGAAUCUCAGCUAUCUUCAUCUGAGCCUCAGCAUGAAAGACCUAAAAAGCGUUCUGCUGUAGGCACUCCAGAUUAUCUUGCUCCUGAGAUCCUGCUAGGAACAGGACAUGGUUUCACAGCUGAUUGGUGGUCUGUGGGUGUUAUUCUUUUUGAGUUGAUUGUGGGCAUUCCACCAUUCAAUGCAGAGCAUCCUCAGGAAAUAUUUGAUAACAUUCUUAAUCGUAAGAUACCUUGGCCCCUGGUCCCCGAAGAAAUGAGCGCUGAAGCACAGGACUUGAUUGAUCGCUUACUGACAGAAGAUCCUAACCAAAGGCUUGGAGCCCAAGGAGCAACUGAGGUGAAGAAACAUCCAUUUUUCAUGAAUAUUAACUGGGACACACUAGCAAGACAGAAGGCUGCAUUUGUUCCUACCUCGGAGAGUGCCCUUGAUACCAGUUACUUCAGUAGUCGCUUCUCUUGGAAUGCUUCAGAUGAACGUGUACUAGAAACCAGUGACAUUGAUUAUUCAAGUGAUAAUUGUAGCACAAGUGGUAGCAGUAGUUGCUUGAGCCGUCAUGACGAACUGGGGAAGCAGGGUGAAGAAUGCGGGGGCCUUGCAGAAUCUGAGUCGGGUUCUCCUGUCAGAUAUUCUUUCAGUAACUUCUCAUUCAAGAACCUCUCUCAGCUUGCGUCAAUCAAUUAUGAUUUGCUUACUGGUCUGAAGGACGAUCCGCCGACAAAUCCAAUCCCAUAACUAUGGAACCCUCUCACCAAAAGUCCAUUAUUUUUGGGGGUCACGGUGCCAAUUGCUUGAAGCAAAAUCUGGGAUCAAUCCCCCCCCCCCUCCCUCUCCACAGACCUUGUAAGUAUAUAGGUAGAUGGAGUACGGUGAACUUGAUUGAAUGUGCUUUAAUUUUGUUUGAGCACUGUUUUUUUAUGGAUGGAUUGAUGGCGGGAGAAAGCUGUGGAUAUGAAAGUGGACUCAUUAAACUAAAGUAAAUUGCAAGUAUUCUUUUUUAUUUUUUAAUGAAAUGUGUCAUGACUAUUACUCUGCAAUUA